AUGUAUGUGAAAUGGUUUGAUACAGUAAUGUUUUACUAUGUGAUUUUAGUGAAUGUCACUUUUUGUCAUUUUCAAAUUUCCCGCCGUUCCAUCCCCGUAUGUCCCGACGUCGCAGGGAACGGAACCCAGAAGACAGAUGCCGGCAUCCGCUGGAGGACAUUGCCGGGUACACCGCAGGAGGGACAUCGCGGGAGCGCGCAGGACAAGGUAUGUGAUCGAAGGAUCCCUGAGCAACGCUGCAAGGUAUUCCCGAGUGUAGCUCGGGGUUACUGCUUGUGCUACACUCGGGAAUACCGCCAGGGAGGU